GCACAGUGGAGGACUGCAAGCACGAGUGCCUUCAGUAUGGGCCGUGCAACGCACUGGAGUGGACGCCGACUGCUGGGCGCUGCACGCUGCGGAGGUGCGAGUCCUUCGAUCAUUUGACGCGGAUCAACGCCUCAGAGACUGAGCGUUGGUUUUGGAUCAACGAGUUGGAGGCAAACGUCAGCGAAGAUGCGAUGCUCACGUGGGAUCUAGCGGCGCGGCAAAGCAAGCUCACGACGUUCAUCUGCUCGCGCGCCAUUUGCUUCUCGAUCAUUCUGGCCUGGCGGAUCCUGGUCAGCUGCAGCCAGAUGGUCACUUCCAAGGCGCGCGUCAUCGAGUGGCUCCUGGUGAUCUCCUGCUGCGUCGUUUCCUGCCUCCUCUUCUUGACUUAUGAGAUGAUGCCAGAGCGCUUUGUGGGCGAUAAGAACCACAAGAUUGACGAGGUCAUCCCCUUCGACUUCCCGAUCUCAGGUGUCUCCCGGAACAUCACGAGGCUCAUCGCGUUCCCCGUGUACAUGAUGACGAUUACUGCAUAUCCUUUCCGCUUCUUUCCUUGCUGCGUCUUCCUCAUCGGUACGCUCUUCAUUAUGUGGGUGGAGUUCUGGCGCAUCUUCCCUGG